AAAAAGAAGAGAAAUUCAUAACUGAAAUGAACCUCUCCUCCUGUAAUUACACUAACCUCCACUUCAAUCCCGUGCAUCAGUGCAGAACCCUCUUUCUCCCAGAUGACACCUGCUUCCGACCUAGCGAAUUCCGGCUCUGCCGCUGCAAGAAACGGCGCCGUCUCCGGCGUGCUCGAAGACUCGUUCUUGUCCACUCCUCCCUCCCGUCUCCUUUCGACGCCCUUUCCCUCACUUCUCUCGAUUCUUUUGUUCCGACAGCGCUCGGGCUCGCCUCCGGACUUGCUCUAUAUUUGUCCUCGCGGUUUGGGAAAUCUCCGCGACGAGGCGGCGAUGUCAUCGGGGAUUGGAUUCUGUUCACAAGCCCGACUCCUUUCAAUCGCUUCGUAAUUCUCCGCUGCCCCUCUGUGUCCUUCGAAGGAAGCAAGCUCCUCGAAGAUGUUAAUGAGAAGCUCGUGAAGGAGGAGAGACACUUCGUGAGGCUCAACGCUGGUGUAAUUCAGGCCUGGAGCACCGUUGAUGUUUUUGAGAAUGACAGGUUGGAGUUCCAGCGAGAGUGCAUAAGCGCGAAGGACGGCGGCGUCGUUUCCUUGGAUUGGCCCGCCAAUCUGGACCUCGAGGAGGAACACGGAUUGGACACAACUCUGUUGCUGGUCCCUGGAACGGCUGAGGGAAGCAUGGAUAAAAGUGUGCAGUCCUUCGUGUGUGAGGCUCUCAAGCGCGGUCUUUUCCCGGUGAUUAUGAACCCCAGGGGUUGCGCUGGUUCCCCGCUUACUACGGCACGGUUAUUUACAGCUGCUGACAGUGAUGACAUCUGCACAGCUAUAAAAUACAUCAAUAAGGCAAGGCCAUGGACAACAUUGAUGGGUGUUGGCUGGGGAUAUGGUGCAAAUAUGCUAACAAAAUACUUGUCGGAAGUUGGAGAAACAACACCUCUUACAGCUGCAGUAAGCAUAGACAAUCCUUUUGACUUAGAGGAGGCCACAAGGUCCUCCCCUCAUCACAUUGCCUUGGAUCAAAAGCUUGCUAGUGGACUUGUGGACAUACUGAGAUCAAACAAGGAACUAUUCCAAGGCAGAGCAAAAGGCUUUGAUGUGGAGAAGGCUCUUUCUGCAAAAUCAGUUCGUGAAUUUGAACAAGCAAUAUCCAUGGUAUCUUAUGGUUUUGAGGCCAUAGAAGACUUCUAUUCAAAAUCUAGCACACGUGGUGUAGUUGGGAAGGUGAAGAUUCCUCUUCUCUUCAUACAGAAUGAUGAUGGGACAGUGCCACUAUUUUCCCUUCCACGUGGCUUGAUAGCAGAAAAUCCUUUUACAAGCCUCCUUUUAUGCUCUUGCUCACCUUCAAGUGUUAUUGGCCAUGACAGAGCUGCAAUAUCUUGGUGCCAAAAUCUUUCAAUUGAGGUAACAGCUGGAUUCUUUCCUAUUUCACUUCAGUUAGAAAUGGAAUUCCUAGCUGAG